UGCAGCUGCAUGCACCUGACAAGUGACAGCUCCCUUUUGGCACACGACAUCGGUCACGAUGGGAGAAAAAGAUUCGGCAGAGACAGAAACAACGACCUGGACCGGGCCGACCGCCACCAAGUUUGAGAGCAAGCAGUACAGUGAAUACUUCGACCCAUGUCAAGCCGCCGCACAGAAGAGCAUCAAAUGUCUGCACCGCAACGGUGGCGAUAGGGAAAUGUGUGUUGAUUUUUUCCAGGCUUAUCGAGACUGUAAGGUGCAAUGGAUGAAUGCACGGAAAGAAGCUAGAAAGAAGGAAGGCAAGAGUUGGUUUUGAUGAGGCGGGCACAUCCCUCCUACACCAAGCUGUGUAGUCUGGUCAAUUGCAUUGCAGGCAAGCGAAUGAAUACAGUUCGCAAAUCUGGAAAAAGGUAUCCUACUAUAGCAGAGGGGAGGCGUUAGAGGGCGCAUCCAACAUCACAACCACGGAUUGUACGAAUAGGAAAAUGGCUUGGAAAAAGCUCAUGAUUGGCCACAAACAU